GAAUAUGUCGAUGUCGAAAUCAUGUGAAGAAUAUAUUCGUCCUCACUAUUUAUAUCUUCACUUCCCGAUCAAGCAUUCUUCCGCCACCAAAGUCUAAUAUGGCAAUUGCACAAUGCUUCAAGGUCACCGUUGGAGUUUUAGCUCUUCAAGGUGCUUUCAAUGAGCAUAUACAAUGUCUCCGUUCCGCCAGUGAAAUCCUCGCCACUAAAUCCAAAUCCAAAUCCAAAUCUACAUCAAAAGACCCAAAAGGAGACUUUUCGGUGGAAUACAAGUUCAUAGAAGUACGAAACGAGGCCGAACUUAAUUCAUGCGACGCACUCAUCAUACCUGGUGGUGAAAGUACCGCAAUUUCACUUGUUGCUCAAAGAUCAGGUCUUCUUGAGCCUUUGAGAUCCUAUGUCAAAUAUCAUCGUUAUCCUACUUGGGGAACUUGCGCAGGUCUUAUUCUACUUGCCGAAUCUGCAAACCGUACCAAAGCCGGUGGUCAGGAGUUGAUUGGUGGUCUUGAUGUUCGGGUAAAUCGAAAUCAUUUUGGCAGACAAGUAGAGUCUUUCUCGGCCAAUCUAGAUCUACCAUUUCUUUCGUCUCUAAGCUCGACUUCAUCAGACCUAGAUCCCACUUCCACCUCUCUUACUGCUCAAGAAACAGAAGAAAAGCCUGCUCCUUUCUCCGCAAUUUUCAUCCGAGCCCCUAUCGUGGAGAAACUCCUCCCUCACGUUCCUGGAGCCCAAAUCUCAGAAUCCACACUCGACUCCACAGUCAUUGCACCUUCUGUACCAAUUGACUCAAAAUCUAUCCCCAAUCCUGAUACUAUCCUCUCCGCUCCAGUGGAAAUCCUCGCCACACUUCCUGGUCGCACUACCCAUUCUAACCCAGAAAUUCAAGAAUCACUCAAUAGCGAAGCAGGAGACAUAGUAGCCGUCCGUCAAGCAAAUGUAUUUGGAACAUCUUUCCAUCCAGAACUAACAGGUGAUGCGAGGAUUCAUGCAUGGUGGUUGGAACAGGUUGUUGAGGAUGUUGUCAAAAGAAGAGAAUUGCAAGCUUCAUCAUAAUGAUCCAUUUUCAUGGGUUGGCAAUCUAAUAUAUCCGAUACACCUUUAGAAACGAUCUUACGAAAUAGAAAUAGAUUUUAAAUAUAUGGUUUCAUUUAUUAAUGGGGGCAAGCCCCCAAACCCCCUUUGCUCGCUACGCUCGAAUCAGUAUGGAUAUUUAUAAGAAGUUAUUUCACUCUAAGAAUCCAACAGCGCCAGUGGACCAUCACCAAAAUACUAUGAUUGCA